UUUGACGUGUCUUGUCGCUUUCUCUGUAUUUACAAAAAAUAUUACACUAGUAUUUAAAACUUUAUAAUUAUGUCGAGCGGUCAAUGGGAAGUUGUCGGAAAAAGUAAGAAGUCUCAAAAUGGUAAAGUUAAAAAUAUAAAGGAAGAGGAAAAAAAGGCGAGUAAAAAUGGUACGAAACUUGAAGAUGUUGUACCACAUUCUCAAAUAAAAUCUUACUAUUCGGGUAUGGAAAUUGACGACCCUAGAAAAUCGCCAAAGGACAAAAAGAAUGGAGAGAAAAAAAACAAAAAGCAAGACAAGAAAUCCGAACCAGCAAAGCCGAAACCCCCUAAGACCAUAGAUGAGGCUUUAGAAGCUAUGGACCCAUCAGAGCUGGCCAGCAUCAUUACUACUAACAAAGUACGAUUUUCGAAUGCACCAUUGGUUUGGUUGAAAGAAGUAGCUAAUUUUCUAAAUUCAAAAAUUCAAAUUGAGGUUGAUGACCCCACUUUUUCGAACUACCCUCCGAUGUACCCGCUUUGUGUAACACCUGUAGAAAUACGGAAGGCAUUAGAGACUUUACUACAAGAUGCCGGGAAAGCAAAUGCUCAAUUAUUUUUUGAUGUUACACUCACUGCCUUAGCCAAUGACAUGAGCAGAGGUCAACCAGCCAAUGGUCACCGAUUGCUCCUACAAAUGCUAGCAAACGAGUACCCUGAAUUCUGCAUAUCUUCCAUACCUAAAAGUGUCAGCCUGAGGACUUCAUACCAAAAUAGACCUCCUAUUGGUCUCUCUUUGCUAUGGACAUUAGGGCAAGGUGGAUUAGGAAACUUUGCUGUUGGAUUAAAAGCUUGGCAAGAAGUCUUUCUUCCUAUUAUAGAAUUAAAGAAUUACUCGAAGUACGUGAUAGCUUACCUCUCCGACAUACUAGAUAAGCACGCAAGUAUGGAUGCAAAGGUAACACAAGAUCAAUUUUUGGCAAUGUUCGACAUGGUGAACAACAAACGGAAUGCACUAUCAAAGGAUCUGUCAAGUGACCUUAUAAAACAAUUAAGUAAAUUUAAGGAUGUAUAUUUUAAUAACAGUGGCAAUAAAUUACAAGUGACCUUUAACCAGCUGAUGAAAAAACUGCCUAAUCAAUAUCUAAGUGGUUCUAUUUUGGAUCCCUAUAACGCUGUGCUGGUUGAGAGUUUAGUGGACUGCUUGGCACAGGAUGACUCCUGUAAUGCAACAUGGAGACAAUUGUUCCAUAAAUGCAGCAAACAAUCUGCAACAUUGAUAGAAUUUAUAGAUACUAAUUGGACUAAAGUAAGCCCAAGAUUAAAGAAGAAAUCUUUGAAAAUAACUAUAUCACAAUACAUGGAGGUUUGUGGGGAAACAUUGAAAGGCAAGAAGAAGGAUGAGACUGUUGUUAAAACAAAAAAAAUUUGCCAGGAUAUUCUAGACAGGAUGACAAGCACUAGAAGGUUCCCUUGGCUAUGGGCCAGCUUCUUCCUACUGGUCGGAAUUGCCGGACUGAUCGGAUAUGAUGUAUCAAGAGUCAACGGCAAUUUCCCAAAGAGUGCAACAGGAAAACUUCUAAAUGAUCUUGGUCUCCUUGAACAAAGUCAGCAUGUCUGGAGGAAAACGUUAUCCACUUCAGCUCGGGGCUAUUUAUGGCUGGAAACAAAUGCACCAAUUUACUACAAUACCACAAUGGAAGCCUGCACACCAUACGCUCAACUAUCAAAGGAGGCAUUUAUAAUAGCCUUGAAGAAAACUGGCAUUUUAUACACAAAUUUGAAAGAAUAUGUUGUCGCAAAAACUCCUGUAGUGGUGGCCACGAUUGAGCAAUACGCACCUGGAGUCAUAGAUACUGUCCAAAGCUAUGCCGUUAGUGGAUAUGUGGCUGUGAGAAAAUAUUCAAAUGAUUAUUACCAAAUAACACUUGAAUAUCUGAGUACAAAAGUGUUUAUUGGCGAAUGGGCACCAGAAAUUCUCCAGAAUAAGACACAAUUGGCUUUGAAUGCUACCAGAUUCCAUAUGAAAUCCUAUUUCCACUGGUUCCGGGAACAAGUCAAUGUAUACUCGGAGAUACCCUGAAGUUUGUAGUAAUUGUGAUGUGAGAGACGUUGUCGAGUGCAGUAAAAGAUUUAUUUUUCAGGGGUGCCAGAACAGCUUCGGUUUUUAAUUUGUUAAUCUCACAAAAUAUUUUUAGUAAAUAAGUUGUUACAAAUAAUUUCUAUAAUAUAUCAAUUUCUAACUUGAAAUACACUUCAGUUUUGAAGUGUUUUUUAAAGUUGAAAGAUCAUUUGGAACAAUUAUUUAUAUAUUUUCAUAUGCUAUACCUUUUUGGUUGUAUUUUUGUAGAGUUUAGAUAUGUUAAUGAAUCAAUAUCACAAUUCAUGAUGUAUUUGUAUACAACGAAAUUAAAAUUUAACAUCAAUCAUCUGUGGAAGCAAAUGGUAUCAUAUCAUUUUAGCAAUUAAAACAAUUAACAUGACAAUUAAGACUGUAUUCUGACAAAAUAUCAGUAUUUUGAAAAUACAUUCCUGUAAAUGCAUUUUAAAAUCUUAAUCAUUUCGCAAUAAAUUAAAUAUUAUGAGUUGGAUGUCUUCGCUUUAUUAUUUUUA